GGAAAAACCCCCUUGAAAACAGAAGUUUUUCCUCCAAAAUUUUCAAAUGCUCCCUCCAUUGUGUUUCCCUCUCCCUCUGAAUCGAAAUCUAUGUAUGUUUGUCUCUCUUAUACUCUUUUCUCCACAUUGUAGAUAGACAAGGAAAAAUGGGGAAGCAGAACAAAUCAAGAAAACCAGAAUUGGUAGGUAAAGGCAAGGUAACUCCGGUUCAGGUUGCAUUCAUCGUGGAUCGUUAUCUUUCCGACAACAAUUACAUAAAUACUCGCUCCACUUUUCGGUCUGAAGCAUCCCAUUUGAUUGCCAAAUCUCCAGUUCAAGAAGCGCCGAAGAGUUUGCUGAGUUUGGGUGCAAUACUGGAUGAAUAUAUAACGUUGAAGGAGCAGAAAGUGUUAUUGGAUCAAGAACGGUGCCGUUUGGAGCAGGAGAAGUUGAAGCUUCAGAAAUUGCUAACAGGCAUGCAGGAUGUCAUGAAUGCUUAUAAUGCUAGCGGAAAUAAUGUUGUUACUCCUCCGCUGCCCCUGCCGCUGCCGACAGCUAUGGCAUCUCAGAAAAUGGUACAAUCGAGGGCUAUAGUACCUCCAUCUGACCCUGCACUUAUGACGCCAGCAGGUUGUUAUCCUAUGUACAAUACUUCAGUUACGAUGUCUACAUCUGGGCCCUCCAACUCUCAAACAGAUCCAAAAACUUUCUCUACCCCGAUUACAAAUCAGCCCAGUGGUAAAAGGAAAAAAUGCAAAGACGUUUCAGAUGCUUUAGUGACUGCUAAGAGAUGUAGCAGGCGAAUACAAACCAAAGAUCCAAACAUACCUCCCCAACUAAGCAAUGCGGAAGCAAAACAGGAAAGUUCCUCGAAAGGUUCUACAGUUGAGUUGUCUGCUGAUGACAAUUCACCUGGUGGUUCGCUAGUUCAUGGAUCUAAUGUUGUCAAGUGUUUGUUCAAUCAGAAUAUUCCAUCCCCUCCAGCUAAUUGCUCUGUUCCUAAAACACCUACACGGGCAUUUUCCACUGAAACUGACAAAUCAAUUUCUCCUUUGGUUACUGCUACUCCCUGUGAACACAUUACUCCUCAACAAACUGACUGCACCAUAAUCUCUUCGGAGACAAUUCUAGUAAGCCCUGCCAAACAAAUAGCCUACUAUAGAAUAGAGAAAAAUCACUGCAUUUCAACUUACUCACCAGUAAAGGCAAACUCGACAAGGUCUAACAAGGACCAUGCUGCUAAAGGAAGGCUAGAUUUUGGUUCUUCCGAUAUGCCCAUAAUUGCAGAGAACCAAACACCUGAUGGUACAUCAACAUCUGAAUCUGACAGGGAAGGAAAUAUCCUUGACUUGGAUUUUCCGAAUUUGGAUGCUUUGGGGUUGGACUUUAAUCUUUCUGAACUUCUGGUUGACUUUGAUCUUGGUGGCGAAGGACUUGAUUUUUCUUCACAGCAAGCAACCAAUUAUACUCCAGAUUCCUCUUCUGGAUCGCCUCAUACAUCAGAAUACCAAGUUAUGUCACACUUUUUGUCAACCACGAAGGGAAUUCUUCCAGAGGAAGCAAAUUUAUCAGAAGGUCCAGAUUCUGUUACCACUCUGAAAUCUGUCACUAAAUGUAUCAAGAUCUCAAGUCCUGCUAAAAAACAGAGUUCUUUGGAUCCGGAGAAUUUUUCGGCCUAAAAUUUACUGGAUAACACUACAGGCGAUUUUUUAUACUGAUAUGGUACCAGUUUAGGACUCCCAACAAUAUUUACUCUGAUAUUCAGUUUUAGGUUGUCCUUAUGCGUCAGCACUAUGUGAAGUCAUAGUAAUUUGUUAGGAUGACAAGUCAUUUAACUUUGUUCAGUUCUGGUGGCAACCAUCCUUGUUGAAUAUAAGAAUAUUGGUUGCAUGUCAGUAGCUAAAAUCAAAACAUUAAGUGCUUGUUUGGUACCGAUUAAAAGCUAAUUAAAAUCAAUUUUUUUAUUGUUA